AUGGGAAAAGUGGACACGUCGAGUCUGGAGAACAUGGCGGCGUCCAUCUCGAGAAAAUCGUCGUUGAGUCAGAUUGCGACGCAUUCGAGUGAGUUCAUCCUCGGAAAUCGAUAAUAUUUGACUAGGGAAUUCCGUCUUCCGCCUUCCGCAUUUUCAAAAAAAAACCUACCGGUGCUGUGUUUUUAAUAAAAAAAUUUUUUAUCUUUUUUUGAAAAUUUUUUCAUGAAAUAUGAUCAACUGACGAAAUGUAGAGCAAAGUGAACUGUGCUCAUAGAAAAAUAAUUGUGAAUUUAGCGUUUCAUACAAAAAAGUUAUUCGAGUUGUUCUUCCGUUAGCCCUAACUUUUUUGUAUGAAACGCUAAAUUUACAAUUAUUUUUCUAUGAGCACAGUUCAAUUUGCUCUACAUUUCGUCAGUUGAUCGCAUUUCGUGAAAAAAUUUUCUAAAAAAGAUAAAAAUUCUUCCGUUGAGUUGUUCCGCUCAACUCUGGCUGCACUUUCUCUCAUUGCAAUCGCGCUCUGUUGCGAAACUUACAGUGCAAGUUGCACGGUUCUUCUCAAUCAAAACACUUUGAAAGCGUUCAUUUUUGAAGAAUUUACUGAAAAAACCGAGACAAACGAUAGCGUUUAGCGACAUUUUGAAACUGUAAUUUGUGUUCGACCCACUUAGACGCGAGUGACACGUGUCGAGUGUGUGGUGAUGGAAAUGCGAAGACGCACUACGGAGUGGUGACGUGUUUCGGAUGCAAAGGAUUCUUUCGACGCACACUGAAGAGACCGUCCGAGUACUCGUGCCGUCACAACGGAAAUUGUGUCGUCGAUAGGCACGAGAGGAACUCCUGCAGGUACACAUUUGAACAGAAAUGAUAUGAAGGACGACGACGAGCGAAAUUGUAGAUAUUGUCGCUUCAAAAAGUGCAUCGAGGUGGGCAUGGAUCCGAAGGCGGUCCGUCCGGAUCGUGACGCGACGGGACGUCACUAUCAGGGCCGUCAACGAAGAUCCAAGUUGUCGGCCGAGGACGAGGGCGAAGUGGACGCCGAAUGGAUGCGGAAACUUCCGGUCGACAUGCGCACCACUUUGAUGCAACUCCUGAACAUUGAUCUGAUUGUGGGCGGAGGCGACGGACACACCGAACCCUCGAAAAUCUAUCCGUUGCCGUUUGCCACCUCGAUCCGACAACUUUUGGAGGAUCCGUCGCUGUUGGACGGCAAGCGGACCGAGGUACGCCACUUUCAAUCGAUAUUGUCGGUCGUCGGGGGUUCUAGAAGCGUUUGUACGUAAUCCCGACGUUUUUAGGACAGCUAGAGCACUUUACAGCUCGCUGAAUCUUCCAAGAGCUACAGUAACCCAACGCGUGGGCGUAUCAAAAAAUGGUCAACUACAAAGUUGUAGAACUUGAGAUUUACUACGCAUUUGUAGUUUACACUUUUUCUCUACACCCACUCCCAAGCAUACUGUAACUCUUUGAAGUUUUUUCGGGUUUGAAGGUCUCCUAAAUUUAAAGAGCUACAGUAGUCCAGGUAUUGGUCCUACGAAAAAAGUGUCAAGAGCAAAAAUGUAGUACUAGUCUCCAACUAUUUAUUGAAUAACAAUUUGGAGCCAAAAAGCGGCUCGGAAAGCUACAAUAUCCAUGAGUUACAGAUGCGUUAUGAAGCAUUCCGAGAAAUCAACCCGGAAGAGCUUCCGUGCAUUGCGCAUCGUCGUCUCAUCGCAAUGAUCGAUUGGGCGGACCAUUUGUUCGAUAUGAUGGAUGUGAAUAAUAUGGAUGAUAAGGUACUGUUUCUAGAAGUUGAUAAUAUCUGAACUUACUGAAUUGUUGUAUUGUAGCUUGAUUGUUGAAUUUUAAAAGAAAACCGUUACUUUAGGCGAACAUAUCUCAGUUGUGGGUAUAGAUAUCAAAAUAUUGUCAACUAAUAAAAUGUUCAGUAUGCAAUUCUGCACAUUUUCUCAGUUGACAUCUUUCUGAUAUCUCCACGAACAGCCGAGAUACAAAAGUUUCAAUGAACCUGAACAAAAUUGCCGAUAUUGUAGAUCAAAAAAUGUUCGGUUUUUCUGCAGGUAGCCAUCGUAAAAGCGAGUUACGGUCCGCUGAUGAUCUUCAGUCUGUGCGCCAACACCGCCCGUCACAAACAAUCGGAUAUUGUGUGUCUGAGCACGUUCGGCUACAUUUCCAGAUACGCACCGAACGCGUGGGCCGAGCCCUAGUGGGUUUUUUUUUGCGUUUUGAGCGUUUCUUUUAACCGAAUCACUUCAACUUUCUCAUUUCUCAAUGAAACUGGCCAGUUUUAAGCGGAAAAUGUGCAAAAAAAGCUUGAAAUUCUAGUUUCAUCAGUUUAAAAAUGAAUAUUGUAUGUUUUGGGAACCAUUUUUAGACCCCCCCCCCUAGCCCGCUUCACGUGAAAAAAACAUGCAAUAAAAAUUUUUAAAAAAAUUUAAUUUAAUUUAAAAAAAUUAAAAUAAUAAUUAAAAUAUAAAAAAAUAUAAAAUAUAAAAUAACCCCGUUUCACGUAAAAAAACAUGCAAUAAAAAAAUUAUUAAAAAUUAUUGAAAAAAAUUUAAUUUAAUUUAAAAAAAAUUAAAAUAAUAAUUAAAAUAUAAAAAAAUAUAAAAUAUAAAAUAACCCCGUUUCACGUAAAAAAACAUGCAAUAAAAAUUAUUAAAAAAAUUAUUGAAAAAAAUUAAAUUAAAUUUAAAAAAAUUAAAAUUAAAAUAAAAAAAUAUAAAAAAAUAUAAAAUAUAAAAUAAAUAUAAAAAAAUAUAAAAAAAUAUAUAAAUAUAUAAAAUAAAUAAAUAAAAAAAUAUAUUUAAAAAAAAAUAAUAAUUUUUCAGUCAUUUCGGCAACCAACUCGCCGAAAGAUGCAUCGAUGAACUCAUCGAUCCGUUGAAGAGAAUGAAUUUGAAAGAAGAGGAAAUCACAUUGAUCAAAGCAAUUAUCGUACUCAAUCCUUGUGAGUUUUUUGUGUGGAAGUUUUGAAACGGAAAAAGGCCGUCAGGGCUUUGGAAAAUGAGAAAAAAAACAGGUGCCUUGAAACUGAAAAAUGUACAUCUUGUUCAGACCUGAAAACGUUGACACAAGACGGAUCGGAAGCUAUUAUGGAUCUGCGGGACCGCAUCCAAGAGACACUGUACCACGUGGUCCGCGAAACGCACCCGAAAGAGGUCGCGUCGAGCCGAUUCGGAAACUUGCUCCUUUUCGUGCCUUCUGUUAUGGUUUGUGCUCCAUUCGAAUUUUUUUCCAGUGAUUUUGAUAGUCUUCUAAACGCAAACUUUUUGCAGAUGCUCGGCCGUCUCGUCAUGGAGAAUCUGUCGUUCGUCGACAGUUUCGGCCAAAUGAACGAUCGUCUGGUGCAUGAUUUGCUCGUCGAGGCGCCGAAAGUCGAGGUAUUUUGAAGAUUUUGCCAGCGUUAAAAAGCGAAUCGAUAGACAAUUUCAAGCUCUACAACUUUGUAAUUGACCACAUUUCGCGAUCUUUUUUCGCUAAUCAGAUAUUGUCGUUUUAAAGUGAAUCGGUGUGCUACACUAAACGUGGAAUAUCUCAGUUCAAAUAAGGUAUCGAGAAAAUUGAUCAACUGUAAAGUUAUAGAGCUUAAAAUUCUCUAUCGAUUUGUUUUUUAACCGUCCAAAAACCUCAAAAAUUGACCGAGAAAAGUGGGGUCAAAUUUCAGCACCCUCCGUCCACGUCACCACCACACUCGAACGGAAUGGACACUUCUCCGGUGAACGUGAGCGCCUCGACGUCUCAAGACGAACAAAUGGGCAGCGGGGGACUGGCGAGACGGCACAGCGAGCCCCGUAUGGUGCAUUCAUCGAGUUCGAGCUCCAUCGAGAGCAUGAACUCGUAUCCGUGCUCUUCAGACGGAUCAUAUCAGAAUCAGAUCGGAACGCUUCCCUAUAAGUGAGUAUUGUUUCGUUUAUUUUAAGCACAAAUCUUUAUUGUGAAACAGUUUAAAAAAAAGCCAAAUAAAACCGUUUAGUUUGUCGUCUAACUCGCUGCCCGCCCAAGUCAACGAUUUCGGUGUACAACUAAACGGCGCCAGUUCGAUGCCCAACUUGGAGAUGGCCGAAUGCGAUCCGGACUAUAAUGUGACAAUUACGCCCGAUAUGUAUGGAGGUGAGUUUUUUUUUCCAUCGACUUUUCAAUCGAUAAUGAGUGCAACUCAUUUUGUUGCAGUCAGCGUUGAGCGGAAGAACUCAACGGAAGAAUUUUUAUCUUUUUUAGAAAAUUGUUUCAUGAAAUGUGAUCAACUGACAAAAUGUAUAGAAAAGUGAACUGUGUUCAUAGAAAAAUAAUUGCAAAUUUAACUUUUCAUACAAAAAAGUUAGGGCUAACGGAAGAACAACUCGAAUAACUUUUUUGUAUGAAAAGUUAAAUUUACAAUUAUUUUUCUAUGAGCACAGUUCACUUUGCUCUACAUUUCGUCAGUUGAUCACAUUUCAUGAAAAAAUUUUCUAAAAAAGAUAAAAAAAUUUUCCGCUCAACUCUGCUACAAGCUUUCUAGACAAUAGUGAUCUUCCGUUGGCCCUAACUUUUUUGUAUGAAACGCUAAAUUUAUAAUUAUUUUUCUAUGAGCACAGUUCACUUUGCUCUACAUUUCGUCAGUUGAUCACAUUUCAUGAAAAAAUUUUCUAAAAAAGAUAAAAAUUCUUUCGCUCAACUCUGGUUGCAGUGUUGGACAUGCGUCAAGCGAUGAACGUGGCGACACACGGCGGAAUGGAAAUCGACGAAGUUCAACAACAACAACAACAACAACAGCAGCAUCACGGCUCGAAUCCGAACAUGGAGAGACGCGAUUCGAUGCCGCCGCACUCGCCCACGCAGCCCAUGUUCUACAUUUCGACUGUGGAGAGCACGAAACACAAGUUCACAGUCACCACCACCUCCUACGAUCGGUCAGUUUUUUUUGAAUUGUUGGCUGGGCGGGGCGGGAGCAAGAUGUAGCUCUUUGCCGUCACAAAAUUUGUGCCUUUUCUGAAACAUGAUUCAAUUGGUUUUUUUUUGCUAAAUCCAAGACCAGAGUUGAGCGGAAGAAUUUUUAUCUUUUUUAGAAAAUUUUUUCAUGGAAUGCGAUCAACUGACGAAAUGUAUAGCAAAGUGAACUGUGCUCAUAGAAAAAUAAUUGUAAAUUUAGCGUUUCAUACAAAAAAGUUAUUCGAGUUGUUGCGUGAAAACGUCCUUCCGUCUACCCCGUUUGCCCUAACUUUUUUGUAUGAAAAGCUAAAUUUACAAUUAUUUUUCUAUGAGCACAGUUCACUUUGCUAUACAUUUCGUCAGUUGAUGACAUUUCAUGAAAAAAUUUUUUAAAAAAGAUAAAAAUUCUUCCGUUGAGUUCUUCCGCUCAACUCUGAUCAAGACAUUCUGCUGACGAAAAAAUGAAAAAUAGACUUCAUGAUCGGAUCGGUCUGAAACUUGGACCCCCUAGAAGUCUGAAAAGUUAGGGUCCGAUUGAAAAUGGUCUAAAUUUUUUUGAAAAAAAUGGGAUGUGAAAAAUAAUUGAAAUUUGCUAAACGAACAUGAAAAUUUUGGAAGAGAAAAACUGUUUCAAACGGUCUUCUUAUUAGUGUUCAUGUAGAAAUUAUUCAUUAAUUACAUAUUGAGUGUUUUGUUUUUUAUUGCAUGAAUAGACGCUUGAAACUUGAUAAAUGUGGAAGCUGUACGCCUCAACACUGAAGCAGUGUCAGUCAAAUCGAUAUAUCUCAGCUGUCGAUUGAGAUAUCAAAAAGUUGUCAACUGAUGAAUUGUUCAAAAAGACAUUUUCGACAUUUUAUCAGUUGACUUCUUUUUGAUAUCUCUACCGCCAUUUGAGAUACAAAGCUUUGAAAAAUUACUAGUAAACAUACCUCACCAACCGAACCCAUUUUGCAGAUUCCAAAACGGAUCGAACGGCGCCGGCGCGAACGGUCAAGGAUACGCGGAAGGCUACCAAAACGGCGCGGGAAUGCCCUCGCAGACCGGCUCAUUCUCGCAAAUGCCGACGCAGCAGCAGCAGCAGGCGCAGUCGGCGCUGUGCAAAACGAACAGUCUGCCGCCGCAGUACAUGCAGAACUACGACAUGUCGCAGGCGUACGUGGCCGCGCAGCAGAAUCAGAUGGAGUGCGACGACGCGAAUUAUAUCAAUUUCAAUCCGCCUAGUUAG